UAAACUCUUCCCCCUUCUGUCUGUUCUCCUCGUUGCUGCUCCCGUCGCCACACCGCACGUUAGCAAGAUGAACGGAUCCAACGGCAAAAAGAGCUCUUCCUCCGGGGUGAUGGAGUGGAUCGGCUCAGCUUGUCGGUUUGCAACAGACAGAAACGACUUCAGAAGGAAUUUUCUGGUCAACCUGGGCUUGUUUGCAGCUGGUGUUUGGGUUGCAAGAAACCUCUCCGAUUUUGACCUGAUGGCUCCCCAGCCUGUGACAUAAUCUGGUCACGAUAUGAAACCAGGGAUGAUGGUGUCUUGGACCAACAAAGAAGAACAAGGACAUGAAUAACUGAUGAUGAAACUUUUGUUCCACAUUUUAAACAAACAUCUUGCUGCCCUGAAUUAGGUUCUUGUUUCAUGUCAUUGUACAGUUGGUGGCCUGAAGAGAAAUAAUUACAUUAAAUCAGA